AUGAUCCAGACAUCUCUUAUAGCCACAAAAAGUGGUGCUGUUUGCAAAACCAUUGAAACCUGUGGCAAAAUGAAGAAAGCUGAGCUAGUCUUCAUUCCAGCACCAAUUAUAAGCCACCUAGUAUCCACAGUACGGGUAGCAAAGCUUCUUGCAGACCGUGAUGAGAGGCUUUCGAUCACCUUCCUCAUCAUGAGACUACUUGCUGACUCUCAGAUUGAUAGCUACAUCGAUUCAGAGAGUGCAGCCUGCAAUCUUAUCCGGUUCAUUGACUUGCCUAAACAUGAGCCUGAUCCAAACCAACCCAGCAGGUUUCUCAACUUUUUGAUUGAAGCCCAUAAACCUCAGGUUAAAGAAGAAAUCUCUAAGCUUGUCAUUCGGUCCGAGUUAAGCCAUGACUGGCCUCGACUUGCUGGUAUUGUUCUUGAUAUGCUUUGUAUACCAAUGAUAGAUGUGGCCAAUGAAUUUGGUCUUCCCUCUUAUAUUUUCUUUACAUCAGGUGCAGCUUUUCUUGGUCUUGAUUUUUAUAUUCAGGAUCUCCAUGAUGAGCAGAAAGUUGAUCCUACUGAGUUCAAGGACUCGGAUGUUGAGUUGGUCAUGCCGUGUUUGGCGAACCCCUUGCCUGCGAAGGUUUUACCUUUCUCGUUGUUCGAGAAGGAUGUGCUGCCUCUUUCACUUCGCAUGAUUAGAAGGGUGAAAGAAACUAAAGGUAUUAUGGUAAAUACAUUUUACGAGUUGGAAUCUCAUGCUAUUAACUCCUUCUCGAAUGGUAAUGCUCCUCCUGUUUAUCCAGUUGGUCCCAUUUUAAACCUAAUUCGUGAUGAACGUUCAGAUGGAAAUGACGCUUAUAAAGAUAUCAUGCAAUGGCUUGAUCACCAACCUUCAUCUUCAGUAGUCUUCCUGUGUUUUGGGAGCAUGGGAAAUUUCGGUAUGGAGCAAUCCCUACGUCAACCUCCACCGAAGGGUAAGAGAGAAGCUCCAAGUGAUUAUGUGAAUCCUGAAGAAGUCUUACCUGAAGGAUUCUUAGAUCGGACAGCUCAGAUUGGAAAAGUGAUCGGAUGGGUUCCACAAGUAGAUAUCUUAGCUCAUCCAUCUGUGAGGGGAUUUGUAUCACACUGUGGAUGGAAUUCUAUAUUGGAAAGCAUAUGGUUUGGUGUUCCAAUUGCUACAUGGCCCAUAUUUGCUGAGCAACAAUUUAAUGCUUUUCAAAUGAUUGUUGAGUUUGGCUUAGCGGAAGAAAUUAGAAUGAAUAACAGAAAAGAAUUUAAUAUGGACGAUUUUGAAAUUGUUAAUGCUGAGGAUAUUGAGAAAGGAAUAAAGUGUUUAAUGGAGCUUGACAAUGACAAAAGGGGGAAGUUGAAGGAAAUGAGUGAAAAGAGUAGAAAGGCUUUGAUGAAUGGUGGAUCUUCGUACACCUGGUUAGGUCAUUUGACUCAAGAUAUGAUAGAUAACAUGUCAUGA